UUCCAAGUGUUGCGAGUGGAAUUUAGCAGGGUUGAUCGUAAUUCUCCUGUUCAUGCAGGGUAAGUGUUGAAAGUGUUAAUUUUCUUAGAACAAGUUUGCACUUGAAUUACUAAAGGCCGAUUUACAGCACACAACUUUUACCCAAAACUGUCGCAUGCAACCUGCUUACAACUUGAGUUACACUGUGUAAAUCAAGCACACAACUUGCUUACGUUGUCGUAGAUGUGUUGUGUGCUUGAUUUACACAGUACAGCUCAAGUUGUAAGCAGGUUGCAUGCGACAGUUUUAGGUAAAAGUUGUGUAGUGUAGUAAAUCGGCCUGCAGAAACUACUUGAAAUACAGUAAUCCUGUGAUUAUCGUGUUCAGUGCUGUUUCCUUUACCCACUAUAAGCUGCAAUGUAAACCUGUACUUCACAUAAGAAACUCUUGCAAUAAUACCAAGCACAACACAGAAGCACUACUCACACGUAAUGCAAAUGGCAUAAACGCGCAAAUCCACGUUCGCUGCGACGUUUGUAAGUUGGGCGUCAACUUCGUAACGCAACGAAGUUCGCAAUUUCAUUUCAAUGUUUGAACUUCGAUUGUCAACGGUUCAAGUUGAAAUUACUGUGUUAUAAGCACUCCCACUUAGCUUUUUAUAAACUAUUAUGCAUAAAACUAAAUUUUAGGUUAAAUUUAAAAAUAGAAGAUGUUUGCUUGAACCUGUUGAACUGAAGUGAAAUCAGUUCACCCAAGCAAAUGUUCAGGAGAUCAUGAAUUUUUGCCGAAACUCAAAGUACACAUUCGAUCCUUCGUAAAACAUUCAUCACUUCUGCCACACCUUGUGGCAGUUUGAGACUUGUAACACUUGAACUCUCUUCUCCGCAAAGCCUUGUUGGCAUCAUGGAUUGUAAAAUAACUGGAUAGGAAACUGUAGUCACAUGACGUGUUUCCAUCCCGCUGAUUGGCUGAAAGCUCUUUGUUUUUGCUCAAGAGAUGUUGAAACCUAGUUGCAAAUCGCGAUGUCAACAAUGGCGAAUGAUGACAAAGGAUUUUCCUAUGCUUUUGACUGAGAUAUUUUUUACCUUUUCAUGUUUUUUGUUGAAAAUAUGUUUGUUCUUGUCUUUUGGUAUUUCAUACUGAUCUAUGGCCAAAAUGAACCCGCCUAAGUUAUUUUACAAUCCAUGUCGGCAUCAAGCGUUUAUUGCAUCCAAGUACUUCAUUAUUGAGAUCAGUUGCCGUUGUGGAAUGCGCUAGAGCUAACACAAUGAAAAACCCGGCGAGAUUCGUUUGACUUCUGGGUCAUUGUGCCCGACAUGUGGGACAUCCUAAAAUAUCUUUGCAAUCGGGAAGUUACAAUCACUUAUAAUGACACUUGAAGGGGCUUUUUUUAUUUAUAGCUAAGAAAGGGUUUUCGUUUUAUAUACCGCUUCCACGAACAAUGUAGGCCAAUAUAUGGCAAGCAAUGGACAUGUAUACUUAAUGAUUCUCUUCAUAAUUUAUCUCUGAGAGGUAAAAUUGGGGUUUUUUUUCUAUUUUUUGCUUCCAUACUAAAAAAAGCCUCUGCGGAGAGACGCACUUUGAGAGUGUUAAGGCACAGAAUAAAGAUCAGUAACAGAAGGGCCGCUCAGCGGUGCAACGCGUCCUUGUAUUUUUAUGCAAAAAUAUGCAGUUUACUGGCCAGAUGGCGGAGCAGCCAGCCAGUACAGCGUGUUUAUUGGCCUGGCAGAAAAUGUCAUUGACUGGCUAGGAAAAUGGCGGCCAACAUGCGUAAUGCGACAUGCGCGAGGACAGAAACUUAAAAGUUUCCGACGUGAGUGGCCCCUCUGUGCGAAUCUUUAUUCUGUGGUUAAGGUUUAAAGGGAUCUGCUUCCGAUCUGAUGCAGCUCGCUGCGAGUGCUUGCAUCUAAUUAAAAUGAACUGUUUAGCAUUGUGAUUGGAUGAAAGUGCUCAUGCAUCACUCGCAGCGAGGAGCUUCGUGAGAGGACUGGAAAUCCGCCUUAAGACAUCUUGUGAGCAGAUAUAAACACUGAUCUUUGUGAACAAGCACAUGAAGGGUAACGACGUGAACAAGCACAUGAAUGGUAACGAACGAGUUAUCCUAAGUUAUAUGAUUCAUUCUUACUUGCAAGCUUCCUUAUAUAAUAAAUUCUCCUUAAAAUUAGGUCAAUUCAUACAGCAAAAUUCAUAUAGUUACAGUUUGAACAUUUUCCUCUAAGACAAUGUUAUGUUCGUCAAGUUACAAACGAUUUGAAUAUCUUUAAAUCGAGUAAAAAAACCCGACUUUGCGAAGCGGACAACGCCCCAAAUAAACAAAGCUAAAAAGCUGGUACGGGAGUUCAACAGUACAUCACGUGACACCACCUCAACGCUGAUUGGCUGAAUUGGAAUCACCCCACUUUCCACGUGGUUCACACGUGGCCGCGCAUUUCCAUAAUUUGGAGACAAGUUGCAAUAUUGCUGUCACCACCUUAAGUGAUUGUAAAAGGCAGAUUGUUAUCUAUUUUGAUCAGUGAAUUGACAUGAUAUUGCAUUAUCAUUCAGCUCACUCUUUGUCAGAAAGCAACAAUCAUUAUCAUUAGUUAUUAUCUCAGCAAUACAUUGAUCAAACGAGCUUCAAAGUCACAAUUCUACACUUUUUGUAGUAAAUUUGCGCAAUUGAGAUGCUUGAGGAUUAAACAACAGGAUUUGUCGAAGAAAUACAGGAAAAUAAAACUUUAAUAAUACAAAAAUAGACAAAAAAUUUCGCGAAUCAUGCGUGUGACUCCUCAAAAAUGUCCAUGUUCGUAGAACGUCGUACGUCGGUCAUUCUACUUCGGAAAGUUCCGAAAAUAAAGAAUAGUUCGUUACAAUUUUUUUUUCGUUUUCUACUUUUUAAAACGAGUAUAUUUUAUGCAUUCAGCAUAUACAUUGUGCAUUUCCUGUAUAAAAUUUGAGUAAUUAAUUCCGAGCUCUGUUUCUGGAGAAAGUAAUUUUGGAAAUUUUGUAGAAAUGUUACAAAAAUAUUAUACCACCAAUAUUCAAAUAAUAGGUAUGAUGAAAAAAUCUUGUUUCGGCAACGUUAAGCAAUUUCAGGGGAAAUUACAUAAUGAACUUGCAUCGCUGAAUAUUACAACAAUCACUGUGCUAGCGGUCUUUGGAAUCCUUGAAAGUCUUUAAAUUUGAAUGCAGGUCUUUAAGGUCUUUGAAAAGUCUUUGAAUUGUGUGAAAAAGUGAAGAAAGUCAAGUCUUUAAAAGUCUUUAAAUUCUUCAGUGAGUAUUUGAUUAUACGAUUUCCUAGCUAAUAAUACAGAUUGAUUGAAGCAAGAUUUUCGCAAAUAUCGACGAAAAGGCGCAUUUUAGGAUGUGAUUUGACGGGACUAAUUACUGGGUAAAAAUGGUGCUUACACUCGCAAUUUUUCGACAGCUGAUUGCUCUCAAAGGUCUUUGAAAAGUCUUUGAAAAUAGGCAGAAAAAAUCUUUGAAAGUCUUUUAAUUUUUUUGGUCUUGGAGACUACGAACCAUGUUCUAUGAUGAGUUAAUUCUGUUAAAACGUAAACUCCAUCUAGUGAUAGUAUGCCUCGAUGUUUGAUUGAUUGUUAUUUUUCCCAACACCAGGACCUAGCAGAAACCUGAUGGUAGUCUUGAAAUAAAUGUUUGGGGAUAUUUUUGAGAUGUGUAUUAACUGCAUGAAAGAAAAUAAUGGUUUAAAGUUAGUGAAGUAAUUAUUCAAAUCCGACUAAUAGGACUGGACUAUAUUUAAUCAAAAUGCGAGGACUUGAAACCUAGUCCAGUCCGAAUUGAAGGAUUUGAAAUGGCAUCUCAUACGAAUAAAUCACUACUUAAUUGAGAUGAAUCAAUUUUGAUCCAAUCCAAGGACUGGAUUAAUUUUGACCCAGUCCUAGGACAGGAUCAAUGUACUUCACCAGCUACCAGUAUUAUCAUGUGAGCAAAUUAAAGCAAUAUGGUUGCUAAUUUACUCAUACAUUAUUAAUGAGUUUGAGAUUACUUAAUAGACAGGACAAACAUUUCCCUACAUUGCAAUGUGAUUUGUUUGUUGUGUCGAAACUGGCUAAAUUUUCACGAACUUUUUCUCGUUUUGUUUUGCAGUGGAUGGCGUGACUCUGACAAAUUCACGUCUACCAAACGUAGGUUUUGUUCAGUUCAAAUAUGGUGGCGCAAACAAGAAAGUGUGCUCGAACACUUUAAACAAGAAGGCAACUUUUGUUAUUUGUCGUCAACUGGGCUAUGAAAAACAGAAACCUAUUGCUAAAAAGCCCCCACCAUCGGGCAACAAAGAUGGAAUAUUUACUGGAAGUAUACAAUGUAGUGGUAAAGAGAAAUACCUUUCUAAAUGUUCGAUUACUAAAAAAGCUAAAUCAUGUUCGCAGUUAUCAUACCUGAGAUGUAAGUAUUUAAAAAGUAAUUUAUGGAAACCCUGGGGUAAUUAGACGAACAGAAUGAAGGACAGAAUAUGGAUGCAAAGAUAAAAAAGGGAGAAUGAAAUUGGAUAAGAGUGAACUAUAAAAGGUGAAAGGAUGAAAUGAAAGAACGAUAGAAAACCGUGAAAAGAAGAACUUAUAUAAACAUAGAAAAUCGAAUGAGAAAGCAACAGUUGAUUUAUCGUUCAUUGGAAUUCUAACCUUCUUACUCCCAUAUUUCAGGUGCCAUUUGUCCACGGCCACUGUUAGAAGACAAACAAAGAUUUCCAGAUUCGUCAUUCACUGCCUCAAAUUCUUCAGAAGGUCACAGUCCCUCUAACGCAAGGAAAUCUAGUGGCAGUUCUUGGUGUGCUCCUGACGCGGAUGGCAAACAAUAUCUUCAACUCGACUUAAGAAGACUUUAUGUGAUCUAUCGCUUCACAACAUUUGGUGACAGUAGUAGCGCCAAAUGGGUGAAGACAUAUAAGCUCAAUUACACUGAUGACUUGAUCAACUGGAAACCUGUCUGGGAGAAAAACGUAAUAUUUACUUUUCAGCCUAAUACAUUUUAUAACAUAUUUUGUGGCAAAAAGAACGAUAGAACUUAAGUCUUUCUUUACUGUAUUCAUGUUCUUAUUAAAACUAUUAUUGCAACGCUUUGAUGAUUCGAAGACAUUUAUCUUUCUACUGUUGUUUUUAGAUAACUGGAAAUAAACAGGCUUAUAAUGAUGCAAGCAUUACACGUUUCAAAGGAGGGACAACAAUAAGAGCUUUACGGUUUAUUCCAUUAACAUAUGUUGGUCAACCGUGCAUGAGGAUCGAGAUUUGUGGUGGCAGUAAGUUACAUUCAUUUCUCUACAAGAAUAUCUGACAGAGUUCAUAACUUGAAUUAAAGGCAUGCAAACAAUAUCUUAUACUGUGAAACGUUUCUUUCUAGCUCGGUUUCCAGACAAACCUACAAAGCUCACGGUCACAAAUAUCAAGUCUACAAGUGCCGAAAUAUCUUGGGCAUACCCGAAAAACACAGGAGAUUACCAGGCUAGUGCAGCGGUUCUUUCAGGAUUCUUCAUUAAACUGAAGAUAGGGAACUGCCUCAUCGUGAAUAUUACCACAAAGAAAGUCAAUAAACGGAAACUAACAAAUCUCUCUCCAUACACUACAUAUGAAAUAUCCGUAGCUGCUGGAAAUAAAAGAGGAGGAUUUGGUGAAGAGACAACAACUUCGUUUCGAACUAAAAUAACUUCGGGUACAGCAUUUGGAAAAGGCAAGUGUUAAAAAAUCAUUUAAUUUUUCCUUCUGCCUUCUAUAAAAUUUGAAUAAUCAUUUCAGAGCUUAUUUUCACGUACAAAUUUCGUUCGUACAAACCAGCAUCAUUCAAAUAAUAUGUAUAAAUGGAAAAAAUCUUAAGAGAAAUAUUAUAUAACGAACUUAUAUCCCGAAAAAAACCCUAAAAAAACAUCUCACUGUUCUACAAUUGCUAAUUCUAAGUGGAAACCUGGCUAAAUCUUCACAAUUUUCUCUCGUUUUGUUUUGUAGUGAAUGGCGUGUCUCUGUUGAAUUCAUCUCCACCAAACGAAGGUUUUGUACAGAUCAAAUAUGGCGGGACAAAGACUGUUUGCUGGCAAAGUUUAAAGAACAAGGCCGAUAAUGUUAUUUGUCGUCAACUGGGCUAUACAAAACAGGACUCUCUUGUUAAAAAGGCCCCUCCAUCUAACAACAAAGAUCCAAUAUUUUCUGGAAGUAUAAACUGUAAUGGUAAAGAGAAAAACUUGUCGCAAUGUACGAUAACUAAUUCUACGUCAACAUGUUCGGAGUUAUCAUACAUAAAAUGUAAGUGUUUUAAAAGUGAUUGGAGGGGUAAUUAGAGAAACGGAAUUAAGGAUAGAAUACCGGAUGCAAGGGAAAAAGAAAAAAGCAUUGCAUGAAUAAAAGACUAACUGCAAAAGCUGGAAGAACGAAAUGAAAGAGAAAAGAAGAGCUUUAAUAAACAGACAAAAUCGAAUGAGAAAGUAACAGCAGACUUUCCCCUCUUUCAUAUCUGGAUUUCUUACCUUUCUACUUCGACGUUUUAGGUUUCAUUUGUAACAGGCCGCUGAUAAGAGACAAACGAAGAUUUCCAGAUUCGUCAUUCACUGCCUCAGCUUCUUCAGAAAGUCACAGUCCCUCUGACGCAAGAAUAUCUAGUGGCAGUUCUUGGUGUGCUCCUGCCGCAGAUGGCAAACAUUACCUUGAAGUGGACUUAGGAAGACUUUAUGUGAUAUAUCGUUUCGCAACAUUUGGUGACAGUUCUUGUUCCAAAUGGGUCACGACAUAUAAGCUCAAUUACACUGUUGACUUGAUCAACUGGAAACCAGUCAGGAAGAAAAAGGUAAUUAUUCUUCUGGCUGAAAAGGUAUAACAUGAAGAAUAGAAAUAUUUCUUCAUUGCAUUCAUGCUGUUCAAUAUUUUAUUGUCUUCAGAUACGUGGAAACAAAAAUGCUUACAAUGAUGCAACCAAUACAUAUUUGCGUGGAGGCCUAACAACAAGAGCUUUACGGUUUAUUCCAUUAACAUAUGUUGGACAACCGUGCAUGAGAUUCGAGAUCUGUGGUGGUAGUAAGUUACAUAAAUUUUUCUAUAAAAACAUGAUAAAGAGUUCAUAAAUUCAGUUAAUGAUAUGCUAAUGAUAUUUCCUUUCUUUCUAGCUCGGUUUCCAGAUAAACCUACAAACCUCACGGUCACUAACAUCACGUCUGGAAGUGCUGAAAUAUCUUGGGCAGACCCGAAAAACACAGGAGAUUACAAAGUUAGUGCAGCGGUUCUUACAAGAUUCUUCAUUCAACUGAAGAAAGACAACUCUCUAAUCCGGAAUAUUACCACAGAUAAAGCUAAUAAACGGAAACUAACAAAUCUCACUCCAAACGCUACAUAUGAAAUAUCCGUAGCAGCUGGAAAUCAAAAUGGUUUUGGUGAAGAAACAAUAACAUCGUUCACAACACUUGGAAAAGGUAAAUGUUAACACAGCAAUUAAAUUUAUUCCGUCAACAUGUACUGGUCAACCGUGUAUGAGAAUUGGGAUCUGUGGUGGUGGUAGUAAGUCACAUUAAUUUUUCCACUCAAGAACUGAUAGAGAGUUCGUAAGUUGAAUUAAUGGUAUCCAUGAUCUCCUUCUUUCUAGCUUUGUUACCAGAUAAACCCUCAAAGCUCACAGUCACUAACAUCACGUCUGAAAGUGCUGGAAUUUCUUGGGUAGAUCCUGCAAAUGAAGGGAACAAUGGUCUUACAGGAUUUCAGAUUAAACUGACGAAAGAUAACGCUGUAAUCCUGAAUAUUACUAUAAAUAAAGUCAACAAAUACGAAAUAGAUAAUCUCACUCCAAACACCACAUAUGAAAUAUCCGUAGCUGCUGGAAAUCAAAAUGGUUUUGGUGAAACGACUAUUACUUCAUUCCGAACAUCUGAAGCAACUUCAGUCACAACGUUUGAGAAAGGCAGGUGUUAAAAAGAUGAAUUAAUUAUUGGGUCUUUCUUUUAUCAAAUUUGAGUAAUUAAUUCAGCGCUCAUUUUCAAUGCAAAUUCACAAAUUUCCUACAAACGUACAAAUAUUAUACAAACAUUAUUCACAUAAUAUGUAUAAAUAAAAAAAUCUUGUUUCACCAACGUAAGGAAUUUUAAGGAAAAUUAUACAAAAUGAACUUGUAUCCCAAAGCAAAAAAAUCACUGUUCCAUAAAUGGUAAUUCUGUCACUAAGCACUCCAUGCAUGAUAGCUCUAUUUCGAUGUACAUUUAAGCCCAAGUAUAUUGAUCGAUUGUUGUUUUUCCCAACACCUGAACCUAGCAGAAACCUGGCUGAAUCUCCAUAAUGUUCUCACAUUUUGUUUUGUAGUGGAUGGUGUGUCUCUGUCGUAUUCAUCUCUACCAGCCGAAGGUUUUGUACAGAUCAAGUAUGGCGGGACGAAGAAUGUUUGCUGGCGAAGUUUAAAGAACAAGGCCAAGUACGUUGUUUGUCGUCAACUGGGCUAUUUAAGACUGGCCUCUCUUGUUAAAAAGGCCCCUUCAUCGGACAACAAAGAUGCAUCAUUUUCUGGAAAAAUAAACUGUGCCGGUGGAGUAAAAAACUUGUCGCAAUGCUUGAUUACUAAUUCUACGACAACAUGUUCGGAGUUAUCAUACAUAAAAUGUAAGUGUUUCAAAUGUGUUUUAUCGAAACCCUGAGGUAAUUAGAAGAAAAGAAUGAAGGAUAGAAUAUAGGAUGCAAACAUGAAAGAAGAAACUGGAUAAAAAGUGAACUGGAAAGCUUCAAGGACGAAAUGAAAGCGAAAAAACGUGAAAAGAAGAGCUUUGAUAAACAGACAAAAUCGAAUGAGAAAGCAACAGUAGACUUUCCGCUCUUUCACAUCUGGAAUUCUUACCUUUCUACUUCCAUAUUUUAGGUUCCGUUUGUCCACGGCCACUGUUGGGAGACAAACAAAGAUUUCCAGAUUCGUCAUUCACUGCCUCAGCUUCUUCACAAAGUCGUAGUCCCUCUGAUGCAAGAACAUCUAGUGGUAGUUCUUGGUGUGCUCCUGCCGCGGAUGGCAAACAUUAUCUUCAAGUCGAUUUGGGAAGACGUUAUGUGAUCUAUCGUUUCGCAACAUUUGGUGACAGUACUAGUCCCAAAUGGGUGACGACAUAUAAGCUCAAUUACACUGUUGACUUGAUCAACUGGAAACCAGUCUGGAAGAAAAAGGUAAUUAUUGUUCUGGUUGAAAAUGUAUAACUUGAAGAAUAAAAAUAUUUCUUCAUUGCAUUCAUGCUCUUAAUUGGUUUUUUUUUGUCUUUAGAUACGUGGAAACAAAAAUGCUUACAAUGAUGCAACCAAUGCAUAUUUCCAUGGAGGCAUAACAACAAGAGCUUUACGGUUUAUUCCAUUAACAUAUGUUGGUCAACCGUGCAUGAGAAUCGAGAUCUGUGGUGGUAGUAAGUAACAUAACUUUUUCUAUCAAAACACGAUAAAGAGUUCAUAAGUUGAGUUGAUGAUAUGCUAAUGAUAUCUCCUUUCUUUCUAGCUUGGUUUCCAGAUAAACCUACAAACCUCACGUUCACUAACAUCACGUCUAGAAGUGCUGACAUAUCUUGGGUAGACCCAGAAAACACAGGAGAUAACAAAGGUGUCGCCGUUCUUUCAGGAUUCUUCAUUAAACUGAAGAAAGGCAACUCUCUAAUCCGGAAUAUUACCACAGAUAAAGUAAAUAAACGGAAACUAACAAAUCUCACUCCAAACACAACAUAUCAAAUAUCCGUAGCUGCUGGAAAUCAAAAUGGUUUUGGUGAAGAGACAAUAACUUCGUUCACAACACUUGGAAAAGGUAAAUUAAACCAGCAAUUAAAUUUAUUCCAUCAACAUGUGCUGGUCAACCGUGUACGAGAAUUGGGAUCUGUGGUGGUAGUAAGUUACAUUAAUUUUUCCACUGAAGAAGUGAUAGAGAGUUCGUAAGUUGAUAUCUAUGAUCUUCCUUCUUUCUAGCUUUGUUACCAGAUAAACCCUCAAAGCUCACAGUCAUUAACAUCACGUCUGAAAGUGCUGGAAUAUCUUGGGUAGAUCCUGCAAAUGGAGGGAAGAAUGGUCUUACAGGAUUUCGGAUUAAACUGACGAAAGAUAACACUGUAAUCCUGAAUAUUACUAUAAAUAAAGUCAACAAAUACGAAAUAGAUAAUCUCACUCCAAACACCACAUAUGAAAUAUCCGUAGCUGCUGGAAAUCAAAAUGGUUUUGGUGAAACGACUAUUACUUCAUUCCGAACAUCUGAAGAAACUUCAGUCACAACGUUUGAGAAAGGCAGGUGUUAAAAAGAUGAAUUAAUUAUUGGGUCUUUCUUUUAUCAAAUUUGAGUAGUUAAUUCAGCGCUCAUUUUCAAUGCAAAUUCACAAAUUUCCUACAAACGUACAAAUAUCAUACAAACAUUAUUCACAUGAUAUGUAUAAAUCAAAAAAAUCUUGUUUCACCAACGUAAGGAUUUUAAGGAAAAUUACAAAAUGAACUUGCAUCCCAAAGCAAAAAAAUCACUGUUCCAUAAAUGGUAAUUCUGUCACUAAGCACUCCAUGCAUGAUAGCUCUACUUCGAUGUACAUUUAAGCCCAAGUAUAUUGAUCGAUUGUUGUUUUUCCCAACACCUGAACCUGGCAGAAACCUGGCUAAAUCUUCACAAUUUUCUCACAUUUUGUUUUGUAGUGGAUGGUGUGUCUCUGUCGUAUUCAUCUCUACCAGCCGAAGGUUUUGUACAGAUCAAGUAUGGCGGGACGAAGAAUGUUUGCUGGCGAAGUUUAAAGAACAAGGCCAAGUACGUUGUUUGUCUUCAACUGGGCUAUUUAAGACUGGAAUCUCUUGUUAAAAAGGCCCCUUCAUCGGACAACAAAGACGCAUCAUUUUCUGGAAAAAUAAACUGUACUGAUGAAGAGAAAAACUUAUCGCAUUGUUUGAUUACUACUUCUACGAAAAAUUGUACGGAAUUAUCAUACAUAAAAUGUAAGUGGUGUUUUAAAAGUGUUGUAUGGAAAGCCUAGGGUAAUUACAUGAACAGAAUGAAGGAUAAAAUCGGGUGCAAUGAUAAAAAAAUGAAAAAGAAUAACGACACAAAGAUAAAAAAGAAGAAGAAAUACGACAAAAAUUCCUGUUCUAAAAAUUCCUAGCAUUUUAAUUCCAUUUUUCAGGUUUCAUUUGUAACAGGCCACUGUUAGAAGACAAACAAACAUUUCCAGAUUCGUCAUUCACUGCCUCAGCUUCUUCAGAAGGUCACAGUCCCUCUCAUGCAAGAAUAUCUAGUGGCAGUUCUUGGUGUGCUCCUAUCUCGGAUGGCAAACAUUAUCUUCAAGUGGACUUAGGAAGGCUUUAUGUGAUCUAUCGCUUCGCAACAUUUGGUGACAGAACUAGUUCCAAAUGGGUGACAACAUAUAAGCUGAAUUACACUGUUGACUUGAUCAACUGGAAUUCAGUCUGGAAGAAAAAGGUAAUUAUUCUUCGGGCUGAAAACGUAUAACUUCAAGAAUAGAAAUAGUUCUUCAUUGCAUUAAUGUUCUUUAUUGCUUUGUUGUCUUUUAGUUACCUGGAAACAAAAAUGCUUACAAUGAUGCAACCAUUAAAAAUUUGAGCGGAGGAAUAAGAACAAGAGCUUUACGAUUUAUUCCGUUAACAUAUGUUGGGCAACCGUGUAUGAGAAUCGAAAUCUGUGGUGGCAGUAAGUUACAUUAAUUUCUGUACAGAAAACCUGGUAGAGUUUAUAAAUUGAAAUAAUGAUACGCAAACGAUAUCUCUGAUCUUUUCUUUCUAGCUCGAUUUCCAGAUAAACCUACAAACCUCACAGUCACUAAUAUCACAUCUAGAAGUGCUGAAAUAUCUUGGGCAGACCCAGAGAAUGCAGGAGAUUACAAAGGUGGUGCAGCGACUCUUUCAGGAUUCUUCAUUAAACUGACGAAAGAGAACUCUCUACCCCGGAAUAUUACCACGGAUAAAGUCAAUAAAUGGAAACUAACAAACCUCACUCCAUACACUACAUAUGAAAUAUCUGUAGCUGCCGGAAAUAAAAGAGGAGGAUUUGGUGAAGAGACAAUAACAUCGUUCACAACACUUGGAAAAGGUAAAUGUUAAACCAGCAAUUAAAUUUAUUCCGUCAACAUGUGCUGGUCAACCAUGUAUGAAAAUUGGGAUCUGUGGUGGUAGUAAGUUACAUUAAUUUUUCCACUGAAGAAGUAAUAGAGAGUUCGUAAGUUGAAAUAAUGGUAUCCACGAUCUCCUUCUUUCUAGCUUUAUUACCAGAUAAACCCUCAAAGCUCACAGUCACUAAUAUCACGUCUGAAAGUGCUGGAAUAUCUUGGGCAGAUCCUGUGAAUGGAGGGAACAAUAGUCUUACAAGAUUUCGGAUUAAACUGACGAAAGAUAACACUGUAAUUCUGAAUAUUACUAUAAAUAAAGUCAACAAAUACGAAAUAGAUAAUCUCACUCCAAACACCACAUAUGAAAUAUCCGUAGCUGCUGGAAAUCAAAAUGGUUUUGGUGAAACGACUAUUACUUCAUUCCGAACAUCUGAAGCAACUUCAGUCACAACGUUUGAGAAAGGCAGGUGUUAAAAAGAUGAAUUAAUUAUUGGGUCUUUCUUUUAUCAAAUUUGAGAAAUUAAUUCAGCGCUCAUUUUCAAUGCAAAUUCACAAAUUUCCUACAAACGUACAAAUAUUAUAUAAACAUUAUUCACAUAAUAUGUAUAAAUAAAAAAAUCUUGUUUCACCAACGUAAGGAAUUUUAAGGAAAAUUAUACAAAAUGAACUUGUAUCCCAAAGCAAAAAAAUCACUGUUCCAUAAAUGGUAAUUCUGUCACUAAGCACUCCAUGCAUGAUAGCUCUAUUUCGAUGUACAUUUAAGCCCAAGUAUAUUGAUCGAUUGUUGUUUUUCCCAACACCUGAACCUAGCAGAAACCUGGCUGAAUCUUCAUAAUGUUCUCACAUUUUGUUUUGUAGUGGAUGGUGUGUCUCUGUCGUAUUCAUCUCUACCAGCCGAAGGUUUUGUACAGAUCAAGUAUGGCGGGACGAAGAAUGUUUGCUGGCGAAGUUUAAAGAACAAGGCCAAGUACGUUGUUUGUCGUCAACUGGGCUAUUUAAGACUGGCCUCUCUUGUUAAAAAGGCCCCUUCAUCGGACAACAAAGAUGCAUCAUUUUCUGGAAAAAUAAACUGUGCCGGUGGAGUGAAAAACUUGUCGCAAUGCUUGAUUACUAAUUCUACGACAACAUGUUCGGAGUUAUCAUACAUAAAAUGUAAGUGUUUCAAAUGUGUUUUAUCGAAACCCUGAGGUAAUUAGAAGAAAAGAAUGAAGGAUAGAAUAUAGGAUGCAAACAUGAAAGAAGAAACUGGAUAAAAAGUGAACUGGAAAAGCUUCAAGGACGAAAUGAAAGCGAAAAAACGUGAAAAGAAAAGCUUUGAUAAACAGACAAAAUCGAAUGAGAAAGCAACAGUAGACUUUCCGCUCUUUCAUAUCUGGAAUUCUUACCUUUCUACUUCCAUAUUUUAGGUUCCGUUUGUCCACGGCCACUGUUGGGAGACAAACAAAGAUUUCCAGAUUCGUCAUUCACUGCCUCAGCUUCUUCACAAAGUCGUAGUCCCUCUGAUGCAAGAACAUCUAGUGGUAGUUCUUGGUGUGCUCCUGCCGCGGAUGGCAAACAUUAUCUUCAAGUCGAUUUGGGAAGACUUUAUGUGAUCUAUCGUUUCGCAACAUUUGGUGACAGUACUAGUCCCAAAUGGGUGACGACAUAUAAGCUCAAUUACACUGUUGACUUGAUCAACUGGAAACCAGUCUGGAAGAAAAAGGUAAUUAUUGUUCUGGCUGAAAAUGUAUAACUUGAAGAAUAAAAAUAUUUCUUCAUUGCAUUCAUGCUCUUAAUUGGGUUUUUUUUGUCUUUAGAUACGUGGAAACAAAAAUGCUUACAAUGAUGCAACCAAUGCAUAUUUCCGUGGAGGCAUAACAACAAGAGCUUUACGGUUUAUUCCAUUAACAUAUGUUGGUCAACCGUGCAUGAGAAUCGAGAUCUGUGGUGCUAGUAAGUAACAUAACUUUUUCUAUCAAAACACGAUAAAGAGUUCAUAAGUUGAGUUAAUGAUAUGCUAAUGAUAUCUCCUUUCUUUCUAGCUCGGUUUCCAGAUAAACCUACAAACCUCACGUUCACUAACAUCACGUCUAGAAGUGCUGACAUAUCUUGGGUAGACCCAGAAAACACAGGAGAUAACAAAGGUGUCGCCGUUCUUUCAGGAUUCUUCAUUAAACUGAAGAAAGAGAACUCUCUAAUCCGGAAUAUUACCACAGAUAAAGUCAAUAAACGGAAACUAACAAAUCUCACUCCAAACACAACAUAUCAAAUAUCCGUAGCUGCUGGAAAUCAAAAUGGUUUUGGUGAAGAGACAACAACAUCGUUCACAACACUUGGAAAAGGUAAAUGUUAAACCAGCAAUUAAAUUUAUUCCAUCAACAUGUGCUGGUCAAGCGUGUAUGAGAAUUGGGAUCUGUGGUGGUAGUAAGUUACAUUAAUUUGAUAAUUUUUCAAUUGAAGAAGUGAUAGAGAGUUCAAAGUUGAUAUCUAUGAUCUUCCUUCUUUCUAGCUUUGUUACCAGAUAAACCCUCAAAGCUCACAGUCAUUAACAUCACGUCUGAAAGUGCUGGAAUAUCUUGGGUAGAUCCUGCAAAUGGAGGGAAGAAUGGUCUUACAGGAUUUCGGAUUAAACUGACGAAAGAUAACACUGUAAUCCUGAAUAUUACUAUAAAUAAAGUCAACAAAUACGAAAUAGAUAAUCUCACUCCAAACACCACAUAUGAAAUAUCCGUAGCUGCUGGAAAUCAAAAUGGUUUUGGUGAA